CAACAAUUUUGCAGAAAAUAAAUAUUUCAUUCGCGGAGGCCCUCGGGUAGCGAUUCUCAACCUCACCCCCUCUUCUUUCUCUUACAGUUCUUCGGGCUUUCACUUCGAAUCUUUUCUCGCCCUGCGUUCUAUUCUCUGCGCACUUCGGAUGUGUAUGCGCUCAAUCCCGUUUCCCCUCAUCUUUCAGUAGUGAAGUUGAGGUGAGAUGACGACCCUUAGAUCGAGCUGGCCGUCGAGGCUGCGGCAACUUUUGUCCAGCGACGGUGCCAUUGGCCCCUCCGUCAAACUGGACUCUGAACCGCCUCCCAAGAUCAAAGCCUUCAUUGAGAAGGUCAUACAGUGUCCAUUACAAGAUAUAGGAAUACCGCUCUCUGGCUUUCGGUGGGAGUACAAUAAGGGCAAUUUCCAUCACUGGAGACCAUUGUUUCUUCAUUUUGAUACGUACUUCAAGGUGUAUUUGUCAUGUAGAAAUGAUUUGACAUUGUCUGAUAGGAUUCUAGAAGAUGAAAGUCCAUUACCAAAAUAUGCAAUUAUGCAAAUAUUACGGGUGAUGCAAAUAAUUUUAGAGAAUUGUCCUAACAAGAGUUCAUUCGAUGGCUUAGAGCAUUUCAAGCUUUUAUUAGCUUCAACAGAUCCUGAGAUUCUUAUAGCUGCGUUGGAAACUCUUUCUGCACUUGUAAAAAUAAAUCCGUCUAAGCUUCAUGGAAGCGCAAAGAUGGUUGGGUGUGGUUCAGUUAACAGCUAUCUCCUAUCCCUAGCACAGGGAUGGGGAAGCAAGGAGGAGGGCUUGGGAUUGUAUUCUUGUAUUAUUGCAAAUGAGAAAACCCAAGAUGAAGCUUUGUGCUUGUUUCCUUCUGAUGUAGAGAAUGGUUGUGAUCAAUCUAAUUACCGCAUUGGGUCUACUCUGUAUUUUGAAUUGCAUGGAUCUAGUGCCCAAUCUAAGGAACACAGUGGUGAUAAGGAUUCCCCGAAUUUGAGAGUUAUUCAUAUGCCAGAUAUGCAUUUGCGGAAAGAAGAUGAUUUGUUCUUGUUGAAGCAGUGUAUUGAGCAGUAUAGUGUUCCUUCAGAUCUUCGAUUUUCUUUGCUCACCAGAAUUAGAUAUGCUCGAUCCUUCCGGUCACCAAGAAUAUGCAGUUUUUAUAGCAGGAUUUGCCUUCUUGCUUUUAUUGUUCUGGUCCAGUCCAGUGAUGCUCAUGAUGAACUUGUGUCCUUUUUUGCUAAUGAACCAGAAUAUACAAACGAGUUAAUUAGGGUUGUGAGAUCUGAGAAAACUGUGUCUGGAUCUCUCAGAACAUUAGCAAUGCUUGCGUUGGGAGCUCAAUUGGCAGCAUAUACAUCAUCUCAUGAACGGGCACGGAUAUUGAGUGGAUCUAGUAUAAGUUUUGCUGGUGGGAACCGCAUGAUACUUUUGAAUGUGCUUCAACGGGCUAUUUUGUCAUUAAAAAGUUCUAAUGAUCCAUCGUCCCUUGCCUUUGUGGAGGCACUUCUUCAGUUCUAUCUGCUCCAUGUGGUUUCAACCUCAACUUCUGGGAGUAAUAUUAGGGGUUCUGGCAUGGUACCUACAUUCUUGCCUUUGUUGGAGGAUUCUGAUCCGGCACACAUUCAUCUUGUCUGUUUUGCUGUGAAAACCCUUCAGAAGCUUAUGGACUAUAGCAGCUCAGCUGUGUCACUUUUUAAAGAGUUGGGCGGUGUGUUGAGCUUUUAGCUCAGAGGCUACAGAUAGAGGUGCACAGAAUCGUAGGUUUGGUUAGAGAAAAUGAUGAUUUGAUGGUCACUGGUGAAAGCUCAAGACUUAACACUGAUAAGCUUUCCUUCCAAAAGAGGCUCAUAAAGGUCUCGCUCAAGGCCCUGGGUUCCGCAACAUAUUCUGCUUCAAACUCUACCAGAUCUCAACACUCACAUGACAGUUCUUUACCUGCAACACUAGUGUUGAUAUUCAGGAAUGUAGACAAGUUUGGAGGUGAUAUUUACUACUCUGCUGUUACUGUUAUGAGUGAAGUAAUCCACAAAGAUCCCACAUGUUUUUCUGCUCUGCAUGAGAUGGGUCUUCCUGAUGCUUUUUUAUCUUCUGUUGUAUCUCGAGUGUUUCCUUCUUCAAGGGCUUUGUCAUGUAUUCCUAAUGGUCUUGGUGCUAUUUGUCUCAAUGCUAAGGGCCUAGAGGCU